AUGGCUGUGGAUGCUGAGCGGCCCUCAUCUAUGCAAAGGUUACUACUAGGAAAGGAGAAGACUCACAUCAACGUUGUUGUCAUUGGACAUGUAGAUUCCAGCAAGUUCACCACAACCGGCCACCUUAUCUACAGAUGUGGUGGAAUCAACAAGCAAACCAUCGAAAAGUUUGGAAAGGAGGCAGCUGAGAUGAGAAAAGGCUCCUUCAAGUAUGCCUGGGUCUUGGACAAACUGAAGGCUGAACGUGAGUGUGGUACCACUAUUGACAUCUCCCUGUGGAAAUUUGAGACCAGCAAAUACUAUGUAACUAUUACUGAUACCCUAGGACACAGAGACUUCAUCCAAAACAUGAUUACAGGCACAUCUCAGGCUGACUGUGCUGUCCUGGUCGUUGCUGCUGGUAUUGGUGAAUUUGAGGCUGGUAUCUCCAAAAAGAGGCAGACCUGUGAGCAUCCCCUUCUGGCUUACUCCCUGUGUGUGAAACAGCUGAUUGUUGGUGUCAACAAAAUGGAUUCCACUGAGCCACCCUACAGCCAGAAGAGAUACGUGAAGAUCGUUAAGGAAGUCAGCACCUACAUUAAGAAAAUUGGCUACAUCUCUGACAUAGCAUUUGUGCCAAUUUCUGCUUGGAAUGGUGACAACAUGCUGGAGCCAAGUGCCAAUAUGCCUUGGUUCAAGGGAUGGAAAGUCACCUGCAAAGAUAGCAGUGCCAGUGGCACCACACUGCUGGAAGCUUUGCAUUGUACCCUGCCACCAACUCGUCCAACUGACAAGCCUCUGCGACUGCCCCUCCAGGAUGUCUAUAAAAUUGGUUGUAUUGGCACUGUCCCUGUGGGCCGAGUGAAGACUGGUGUUCUUAAUCCUGGCAUAGUGGUGGUUACCUUUGCUCCAGCCAAUGUCACAACAGAAGUCAAGUCUGUUGAAAUGCACCAUGAAGCACUGAGUGGAGCUCUUCCUGGGGCCAAUGUGGGCCUCAAUGUAAAGAACAUGUGCGUCAAAGAUGUUAGACAUGGCAACGUUGCUGGUGACAACAAAAAUGACCCACCAAUAGAAGCAGCUGGCUUCAUUGCUCAAGUGAUUAUCCUGAAUCAUCCAGGCCAAAUUAGUGCUGGCUAUGCCCCUGUACUAGAUUGCCACACUGCUCACACAGCAUGCAAGUUUGCUGAGCUUAAAGAAAAGAUUGAUCAUCAUUCUGGCAAGAAGCUGAAAGAUGGCCCUAAGUUCUUGAAGUCUGGUGAUGCAGCCAUGGUUGAUAUGGUCCCUGGCAAGCCCAUGUGUGUUAAGAGCUUCUCUGACUGUCCUCCACUGGGUCGUUUUGCUCUUCGUGACAUGAGACAGACAGUUGCUGUGGGUGUCAUCAAAGCUGUGGACAAGAAGGCUGCUGGAGCUGGCAAAGUCACUAAGUCUGCCCAGAAAGCUCAGAAGGCUUUGAUGUCCCUACUGCAUAGAUGGACUGAGGCACAAAGCUGGGUGGCAAAACACAGAACAUCGCCCGCCUGGCGCCGCUUCCCGCCCAGUGAGGGGACCAGCUCGGCCGCGCCUCCCUCCCCGCAGCAGCCAAGGAGGCAGAGUUGGAGCGGUGGGGAGCGCGGCCCCCAGCACCUUCUGAACGGGGGACGCAGUUGGGGGCGGAUGCUGCCGGUGCUAGACGCCGGCCUCCGGAGAGUCGGAUCCGCCCGCCGGGAGGAGGAGGCUCGGCCGGGAGUGGACGUGUUGGAUGGAGAGAGGAAGAUGGUGUACCGGGCCAUCCUACAGAGGACAGGGACUGGUCAUCUUUGUACAUUCAGCCUCAUCCUAGUGCCUGACAUCUGA